AUGUUCCACUCCAUCCUCGACUGUAUUUUUGGAACGCCGGCGAAUGCAAUCAAAACUGGUGCGGAGAUGGCACGAGCAGCGGCUGACGUUCUUUCUCAAAUCGAAGAUGCUGCUAUCGACUUCGCAGCGGACCAUCCUGUUUAUGCUACAAUCCUUGCAUUAGGUGUUUUGGCCUUAUUAACGCCGCGUGCUCUUGAGGUUCUCGGCUUCAGAGAACUGGGCCCAAAUGAGGGCUCGUUUACGGCGUUUCGACAGCGACGCUAUGCUGGUUAUGUACCCAAGAAGGCUUUGAUUGGCUACUUUCAGAGACUAGGGAUGAAGGGCAUGGGAUUCUUUGAAUGA